AGACAAUAGGAACAGAUUACCAAAGCAUAGAAGGUUUUGUGACAUCUGCUUCUUUGCAAUAAACAAAACCGGUGACUUUAAGUUCCGUCUGCUCUUUUCGAGGCCGUGCCCUCAGCAUUGUGAGCGUUUUCAUUGCAGGGAUGACGUAGCGGUGACGAAAUGUUUCCCCCGCCCCUGCGUCGGCUAAAGCGGCGUCCUGGUGCGCUGCUGGCCGCUGCGGACUGACCCGGACGCCGCCAGCCAUGGACUUCGUGGUGGUGUCCGGCUUCCUGGGGCUCACGGUCACCGUCAUCCUGAUAACGGUGGUGACGAGCAUGUUCCACCCGGUUUACAGCCCUGCCUUCGUCCUGGCGCUUUGCGCGGCGUUCCACGUCUUCAGGUACCAGCCGGUACCCUCGGAGAUCGCCCAGAAGGUGCUACGCCCCAACGGGAGCUAUUCCGUGAUCGCUCACCGCGGCGCGGGCUUUGACGCUCCCGAAAACACACUAGCUGCCAUCAGAAAGGCUGCUGACAAUAAUGCUACUGGUGUGGAGUUGGAUAUCGAGUUCACUUCAGAUGGUAUCCCUAUUCUGAUGCACGAUCGUACUGUGGACCGCACAACUGAUGGUACCGGUUCUCUUGCUCACUUAACUUUUGAAGAGGUCCGGAAACUUAACCCAGCAGCCAAGCACAGACUGCACGAAAGGUUUCCAGGUGAGAAAAUCCCAACACUGAAGGAAGCUAUCUUAGAGAUUCUCAAAACCAAUAUGACAAUUUUCUUUGAUGUCAAAGGCCACGCAGUUCGGGCCUCUGUUACAUUGAAAGAGCUGUACAAAGAAUUCCCUGAACUGUACAACAGGAGCAUUGUGUGUUCAUUUGAACCUUUGGUUAUUUUCAAGAUGAGGCAGGCUGACCAGAAAGUGGUGACUGCUCUCACUCAUAGACCCUGGAGUCUGAGUUACCAUGGGAAUGGGAAGCCAAAACAUGAUGGCUACAAGCAAUACCUGUACAUGAUACUGGAUAUUAUUAUGGACUGGUCCCUCCAUGCUUUUUUGUGGAAAUUGCUAGGUGUUUCAGCCUUUUUAAUGCAGAAAAAUUUUGUAUCAAUGGACUACAUGCGGUUUUGGGCCGAAAGAGGGGUUGAAGUGAUUGCUUGGACUGUAAAUUAUACAGAUGAAAAACGUUACUUUGAGCAUAUCCUCCAUUGUAUUUACAUUACUGAUAGCCUUACUGAACAUAGUUCACCUCCAUGAGACUGUGGUAUAGAUUUAAUGGCCUAAAUGUACCAUGGUGUUCUAUAUUAAACAGGCUUAUUAGCCCCUUUAUUUGUAUUUUGAUAUUGAGAAGGCUUAUGAAGUUUGUGUUUUGAUUGAAGUUCCUUAAUGUGUCAGUUAUGCAGUUAAAUGAAAGGUGCAACAAUACACAGCUUGUAUAUCUGUCACAAUUCCUUUUGAUUAUAUAAGGGAAUGCAAUAAACAUUUGAUGUAAAUUAUAUGGUUAUGGGGAAGAAAAAGGACAAACAGGAGUGGCUAUUAUUUGCAAAGAAUUGGCAUUGCCUUCAUGGGUCAACCAAAUGCCUUCUCAGUCACAAUGAUUCUGAUUUCAAUGCACAUAGAUUCUGUGGAGAAUGCAUUUUGGACAACUGAUAGUAUGUGAUUAUUUUAAAAACAUGUCCUUUGUAAUGCUACAAAUGAUAAGUAAUUGUAAACUAAAUUGACAGAAAUCGGUGUUUUUUUACCUAUUCUCUUUUCAUUUUUGGAACUCUGCCCAAAUUUGACUGCCUGUGGUUGUUUAAGGUAAUAAUUUCUGAUUUACAGUGGAUUUUCACAGUACUUACUGUUGGAUUUUCAACUUUUUGCUGUGUCAGUUUUGGGCUUUGUCACUAAAUUCAUUUUUUUGUUACUGAAUUCAUGGGUUUUAAAUUGACUUGAUCACUACUUUCUGUGGGGUGGGGGUUUCUCUACUGGGACACUUGGGUUCUAGUAUUUGGGUGUUUCCAGGCAUUCUGUUCUUCUGCCAGCUUUUUCAUUUUUUUGGUGAGAUAAAUUUGACCUAAGACACUAUAUUGGGGCAGAUACUAGAGUAGCUAUUUCACAACAUCAGAAAUACUUGUUCAGUCAGUACUUUGAUCAUUUGAAUGUGGAGUUUGCAUAUUGUCUCUGCACCACUGCUAUUAUUUCCUUCAAAUUUCCCAACACUGCUGACCUCCACUAGAAUAUUAGGUUUACUUUUCUACCUUGCUAACUAACCAGGCCAUUUAUUUAUGGUAUUCUCGGCCACAGUGGAUUAUUUCACAUUGCUUUAAUGCCGUGGCAAAGUUCUGAUGCUGCUCUUGUUGGCUCUUGAGCUGACUUGUUCUCCACAUCUAAUAUCAUUGCAAUAUGGAUACUGCAGAUGCCUUUGUGUCCCGCCAACAUAUCAAAGAUUACCAUUGUCCCCCACACCUUCCUCCAGUACAUCAAUAACUUGUUCACAAGAUUCUUGCCAUCUACGACCUUUAAUGAGGAGGAACAGUUAAAUCUAAUGUCUUUAAAUUAUCAUCAGUUUUGAAUUUAAUCUUGCAAGUCACAAGACCCUCUUUCCAUUUGUACUUUGCAUCACUUGAUCCAUAGUGUCAUUGAAUAUCAUCCCAUUACUCUUCAUGCAUCAUCUUUGAACACCUUUAUGUUCCUUCAUGUCUUCUUUUCUACUGUCCAUCCAUCCUUCACCCUGUUUUUCACCUAGAUUAUUAUACCUGUUCUGCUUCCAUUGUGAACACUUUCUUCAGUGAUUUCGACCUCUGUCUUGUCACUUGAGUGCACUGCUUCCCUGCAAACUCUUGUGUAUUCUCAUGGUGACUACAUUUGGCUUGCCAUUUAGCCUAUCCCCAUCGUCUCAAUCACAGGCAGUACACUCUCACUGUGCCCUUUCCUAACCAUUUCACCAUCUCUUGGGAGGGUGGGGUGGGAGUGGUUGAAUGAGACCCAACCACCAAGUCACUUAAUAAUGUUUUCAAACUCCCAUGCUGUCCAGUCAGCUGCUCCACUUCCCUCUUUCACAUAGCCAGCAAACGGAACUGUUCCUCCUUAUCAAAGUCUUGAACUGCAUUUUCUUAGUUUUCUUACCAUCUGUCGCACCUCAAAGCCCCAUAUGUCCACGGACCCCAGCCCAGCUCCUGUUCUCAGCGUUAGUUCAUGUUAAGCUGGGUGUGUUUGGGUGUUCAAGCUGGUUUCUGUGCUCCUUGAUAUUUUGUACUAUUUAUUUUGUGGAUUCUCAGUCAUCUUCCAAAAAUAUCCACCCUUCUGUGCCCCAUCUGUUCUUGCAAACAGUCACCCUGCCUCCACUAAACGUUUUCUGUCUUCUGAAAGCUUUCAUGUUGGGCAGCUGCUGAUGGAUUAUGUUGUCCAUUAAAUUGGAUUGUCUUUUCCUUGAUUUGCUGUCAACCAUCCUAUAAUCAAGUUUAUUUUCCAGCUCCACUUUACUUUCAUGUCCCCCAAGGAAUCGUAUUUGAGGCUAUUAUUUUCUUGCCUACCUGCUGCCUUGCUGCAUUUAUCAUAAAAUCUAGCAAGAGUGCUGAUAGCAUCAAAUACCACUUCAUGUACCCUUCUCCUUUACUGUUAUCUUGAUUGAUAUGUCCUAAAUGCAUCUCCAUUUCAGUAAGCAUGAGGAAAUCUGAUAUAAUUGUCCUAGGCUCUGUAAGUCUAUCCUCAAACUACUACAUCUCUUUUUAAAUCUUCAUUUGAAACUUUGUACUUCUAAUAUUGUAUAUUUUUGAAAUAUCUGACUAAAGCUUCAAUAUAUUCCUACAUUUAAAGGUGCUAUAUAAAUUCAAGCUGCUAUUGCUAAAUUUUGAGAAGUAAUUUGCAUGUCUAAAAGAAAGCUGAAUUGUUGAAGCCUUGCAGAGUUCUAACUCUGCUAAAGGUCAGUUGUAAAGAGCAAGAUCAUUACUACUGUAUGUUAAAACAAUACCAAGCAUUGACACGUCUUCUGGGGAAAAAGUGCACAGUUCAUCAACAAAUCUUUAAAAGAUGAAGGCAGCUUUAAAAUCUGUGUGCCCGAGUCAAAAACCUGAAUUUGCUGAGUCUUUACUGAUUUUUUUUUCCUCUGUAUCUUAGAAUAUCUGGGAAAAGUGCUCCCAAGAAAAUUACUUUUUCAGUUUCUAAUAAUAUAUGGAAAAAAUCCACUUCCUCAAGUGGACCGGCAUAAAUACUAAUUCAUUCAUAUUGAUUGUUCACAAAUAGAUGUUAUCCAAACUCUAGAUGGCAUUGGAGUCUAAAGUGAAGAGAUUUUGUCUUCUAGCCCAGGUGAAACAAGGUUCUGGAACUCUGUUGAUCUGACACACAAGUCCUUGUUUUAAUUGAAGAGCCUGUCAUUUUAAAAGGUGACUGAUGUGAAGGAGACAAAAAUUCCAAUAGUUAAUAGGUAUCUUGUACAAUGGGAUUUGAAUUGAAUUUUAACUUGCAUCAGCAGGGAAUUGUCAUAGCUUUUCCAUAGAUUAAAUGUUAGACUAAGUAGAGAUCAACUUGUAACAAGACAAGUCACAUCAUUCUUUGCCUACCAGUUGUUUUUUGCUGCCUUCCUAAUGCCAUUUCAGUAGUACAUUUUGGAUAGGAAGCUGGUUGGUGGUGUGUAGAUCAGACUUGGGAGUUAAAACACUCUCUCAUCUUUGCCUCACCUACAUCCAACAUCAAACUUGGGCUAUUAAAUGGGGAUUAAAAUCUAUUGUUCUGUUCUUUUUUUGGUCAAGUUUAGUUCUUUUAAAAAGCCCUAGUUUAUUCAAUAUUAGUAGUAGUCUCUCGAAGUCCGAGGAACACGGAUGUGUUGCACAGUCAACGUCUGUGGGCACGCAUAUGACUUCUGAGGCCACAGUCCAAAGCGCAGAUACAGUUGCAGAUGGGGCAAGGAGCACCGCCUAUUCAAUAUUAUUUUAAAACAAACUUGUUACACUAAUCAAUAUUGUAAUGAGAUCAAAAGGGACAAAA